AUGCCGAAGAGGGAGAUGUUGCUGAAUGCAACAAAUGUUAAGGUUCCAAGUUAUAUACCUCAUGAUAUUAUCUUCUCUAUUUUAUCUAAACUUCCUCUCAAAUCUUUCAGGCGAUUUCAAUCUGCAUGUAAAUCAUGGUCUCUUUUGUUUGAUGAUCCUUGUUUCAUGAAUAUGUAUGGAAAAUCUUUCUUAGCAAAGGAUUCAUCUUAUUAUGAUGAUAAAACUCUACUCUUACAUCUGUUAGAUGAAGGCUAUGACAACCAUUUAUAUUCUUUUUUUGGUGAGAGGUUUGAGAAUAGAGUUGAAUUAGAGUCGCUAAAGCCGCCAUUUCAUCUAAAUCAUUUUGACAUUUUGGGCUCGGUUAGUAUUAAUGGUAUUCUUUGUCUUCGUAUCUAUAGUAUCUUUAACUACGAUGUUACUAAACUUAUACUGUGGAAUUCAACUACCAGAGAAUUUAAGGAAGUUCCUUCUAGUCCAUUCGGGUCUAUAUCUUCAGGGAGGCACGAUGUUUUUGUUGAUCAUUUAGUUGGUUAUGACAGUAUUAAAGAUGAUUAUAAAAUAAUUCGUAUAGAAUAUGAUACAUCUCUGAAGAUAUAUAGAGAAAUAUAUAGUCUGAGUAGUAACUCUUGGAAGAUACUUGAUAUUGAUGUACCUAUAUGUAAUCUUUACAUUCGUAAAGUAUAUAUGGAUGGAGUUUGUCAUUGGUGGGAUAGAGACGAAACACAUGCAUAUGUAGUGUCGUUUGAUUUCAGCUGUGACUCUGUCAUCAAAACAUUCAUGCCCUCCGACCUAGAUCAUAGGUUGACCAAUCUUUGUACUUGGAUGGUAUUGGGGAAAUUGAUGAUAUUGAAUGGGUCGUUGGCUUUCUUCUCAAAUUACUUAGAAACAUCUACAUUUCACAUUUCAAUUUUAGGUGAAAUUGGUGUGAAGGAAUCAUGGGCUAAACUUUUUGUUGUUGGACUCUCACCCGACUUUAAGUGUUGUAUUGGAGCAGGAAGGAAUGGCAAGAUGUUAUUCAUAAAAGAAGACAAGAAACUAGUCUGGUUUGAUUUAAGCACCGGGAUGAUUGACGAGAUUGGUGUUAAAGCAGUCUCAUUUCGUUGGAACAUAUUAUUCCAAAGAGAAAGUAUUCUUUCAAUUAGAAGAAAUAUAGAGUAA